AUGCCUCGAAGAAAGGCUGCCGCAGAGCCUGACUCUCAAGGAAUUCCUACAAGAUCCCUGCGAAAGAGAAACCAUCAGGAGCUCGAAGUCAUCGAAGAAAGUGACCAGGAAACGACAAGCCCCGUAAAGCGACAACGUAGUAUAGAUCACGAGUCUCCUUCAAUCGCUACCGGAACGAAUGGUCACAUAGAAAGCUUCACUUCGAAUGGUAGUGAAGAUCAUACAGCCAGCGAGUCUGAAUCAUUAUCGAAAGUCGACAUAGACCAAACCCCUAAACCUGCUCCUAAGCGACGAGGUCGACCACCGAAGAAUGCGACCAAAGCGACCAAUGGCGACUCUCCUACGCCUAAAGCGAGUCGUACCGCUCUUUUCGAGACGCCUACCAAGAAAACACCUUUCGGACUGAACGGCGCAACACCCGGAGGAGCAGAUCGAUCUGCCAAGCGGAAAAGCACAAGAGCUUUGAUCGAGCACGUUGUUGGCGAUGACCUCACGGACGAGGAAGAAUACGACGAUUUUACGCAGCAAAUCUACGAAUCUAGUGAAGACGAAGAGGCUGCGGAAGGUGAUAUUGCCAUUUCAGCAGAAGCAUCAGGUGUAGACGAAGUUGCGACACCCUCAAAGUCGACACCUCGGCGAAAACCUCAACGAAAGAAGCCAGAAAGAUCUCCGACUCCUCCCCGCGACCUACCUCCUCAUGAACUAUAUUUUGCGCAUAAUAAGCCUGGACGACCGAAGACAUCUAAUAACACGCUUGGAUCAUUGGUUCUGCUUACACACGACGAAUAUUUUACGAUUGUGAGAGAAACGAAGGAUCACCAUGAGCCUGAUAUCGAAUUUCUGGAGAACUUACACGCCGAGUCAUUCCCUCAGUGGGCCUUUGAGAUGUCGCAAGGGUUUAAUCUGUGUCUAUAUGGGUACGGCUCAAAGCGACGAUUGAUGCAGAAGCUUGCAGGCCACCUUCACUCUCGGUGUAGAAAGGACCAGGGGGACAAGAUUGUUAUAAUCAAUGGUUACGCUCCAAACACCACUAUACGUGAGAUAUUGAGUACUGUUGGCGCCGCUGUCGAUCCAGCUCACCGCAUUCCUCUAACUCAACCCGCCGUUAUGGUCCCGGCCAUUCUUUCUCAUCUCAAUACCACAUCUUCGACGAUCACACUUAUUGUCAACUCAAUUGAUGCGGCACCUCUUCGAAAACCCGCAUCUCAAACUGCCCUGGCGCAACUCGCGGCGCAUCCUCGUAUACAAUUGGCAUGUUCAGCUGAUACACCAGACUUUGCGCUACUCUGGGAUAUCGGUGUGCGAUCGGCCUUUAACAUGGGGUUCCACGACUGCACAACCUUUGCCCCGUAUACCGCAGAGCUGGAUGUUGUGGAUGAAGUACACGAACUUCUUGGGCGGAACGCUCACCGAGUCAAUGGCAGAGAAGGUGUGGCGUUUGUUCUACGCAGUUUGCCCGAGAACGCGAAAAAUCUGUUCCGACUUUUGGUUGGUGAAGUACUCAUCGCUAUUGAAGAAGAGGGCGAUGGCGGUGAUGAGCCAACUGGCGUGGAGUACCGAAUGGUGUAUAACAAGGCAGUGGAGGAGUUCAUUUGCAGUUCUGAAAUGGCCUUCCGAACACUGCUAAAAGAAUUCCAUGACCAUCAGAUAAUUACGAGUAUGAAGGACGCUCUUGGAACUGAGCUAUUGAGCUUGCCAUUUAGGAAGGACGAGCUGGAAGCUAUUCUAGAAGACCUCACGUCAUGA